AUGGCUUCCCCAAGCCAGACUCAGGGCUCCGUGCCAGCGACUCAGCCUCUCACACCACCCGCAGAGUCUUCAGGGGCCAACGGCGCCUCUGCCCCGGCCGCAGCAGCAACCGCUUCGCAACCACCCACUGCUCCCCCCGCGACAGCACCAACCACAUCAACAGGCCAUCCACCACAAAUCCCCGGAACCUCCCUACAAGAUAGCGGUAAAACGCGCCGGCCACGCGACGUACGCUUGGUUCACAUGCUCCUCGCGUCGCUAGGCGUAACAGCUUACCAAGACCGCGUGCCCCUCCAACUCCUUGACUUCGCCUAUCGCUACACCUCCAACGUACUCCAAGAUGCUGUGCACCUUGCUACAGAAGGUUAUGCAGGCGCAGUGGGUGAUGCCGCGGGGAAUACCGGCAAGAACGCUAACUCGGCGGAAGUAAAUGGUGUUUCGCUGCCAGCGCUGCGGUUGAGCAUUGCAUCGCGACUACAUUAUCAAUUUCAGACUGGCCUGCCGAAGGAAUUUCUGAUGGAUGUUGCAUCUGAAAGGAAUCGGAUUGCGCUACCUGGUGUGUCGAGAGGGUUCGACGCUGCCGCUCCGGGUGGACCCAAUGGAGCACCUGCGGCCGCGGCUAAUCAGAGCGUCAUGAUGGCUGGUAUGCGAUUGCCGCCGGAGCGAUUCUGUCUUACAGGAAUGGGAUGGAACAUGAAAGAUGAAUGGGACAGUGAGGGCGAGGAAGAGGAGGAUAUACCCGAUGCACCGCCACAGGGUGAGAAAGAGGAUGGCGAGGAAGAGGAGAAUGAUGGGAAGAUGGAGGAUAUCUUCGGUGAAGACACUGCCAUGGGCGAAGCGGGUGAUGACGAUGAGGAUCAUAAGAUGAAUGAUGUUUAG